ACUAUGAGAUUAUACACAUUAAUCAUGAUUUCCUAAAGGACCAUGCUAGGGUGCACCCAUGUGGUGGCACCCUAGCAUUUUUCUUUCCUAAAUUAUCAAAAAAUAUUGUCAAACUUCUACGGAGUAUUUUGCUAUUAUUUCAAACUCCAUCGGUCCAUCAUUCGGUACAGUGACAUGAAAUGACUAGCAUACCCCCGCUCCACUUUCUUCUCCCAUCUUUCGCACUACGCAUUCCUGUCAGACCUCUGAGACUCCAUCGCCAUUUCCUCAACGCCUCAAUGGCGGCAAGCGAAGCCCCCAUUGAAGGUCAACCCACGCCGGAGCUCAAAGGUCUCGAUGAUUACCCAGUGCCGCUGUCUCCGCCGCUUCCGUCGCUGUCCAAGGACAUCGAGCUUGACCGUGCCUUGACGGCAUCGUCUAGAUCGGCGUCGUUUUCUCUCUCCCGGAACGACGUCGUCUUCGAAGACGAGUGGCUCCUCGCCGUCAACAAGCCUCAGGGAGUCUAUUGCGAAAGUGUACUCUCUGCUGUCUCUAAUCUUCUAACCGACUCGGAUAACGAACUCAGGACCAAAGUGCCAGAACUGCAUCUAGCUAACAGACUUGAUCGCGACACGAGUGGUGUAAUGCUAAUCACCAAGUCACACAAAGUAGCUGCUAAGCUGGUUAAAGCUUUCACGGAGCAUAAAGUUAAGAAGACAUAUCUUGGUUUUUGCGUUGGACAAGCACCUAAAUGGGGGCAAAUCACUGUGAGGUCGGGACACGGGCGGUCAAAACACGGAGCAUGGCGUGUUUAUGCCGCAUCAGAUGUGGGCAGGUCUCUGCCAGGUGGGUCAGCCGUGAAAGACAUGGAGACUUAUUUCCAAGUCCUAUCUAUUAAUGGGGUCGGAUGCUCGGAGGCAAUAUCUGAAUGUGGAAACAAGGGUGAGGUAUUGGUUGCUGAAGAGAAAUCUUUGGCCGAUUUGGGUAUUAAGAAAGACAGUGUUUUGAUUCGGGCAUACCCUCGGAGCGGAAGAACCCAUCAAAUCCGUCUCCACUGCCAGUACCUUGGAAUUCCUAUUAGAGGAGAUGUAAAAUACGAAGGAGUGUAUGAGUGGAAGGGUCGAACAUUUGGUGGCCAUGAACUACAUGCAGAAACAUUAUCAUUCAUACAUCCUGUGUCUAACCAACCUAUUUUCGUUCAGGCCCCUCUUCCAUUAUGGGCAGACCAAGUAAAUGGCAUACGCUGAUUAUCAUAAUAAGGUUGUGCUUCUGAAGGUCUAUUCCCACAAUGGUAAGAUAUAUUUCCUCUAUUUGUUGGUUCCAUUGGCUUUAUGUUCAUGCAUUGUUUGAGUGAAUUGCUUUGUUAAAAUUAUUGAUAAAAUGUAUAAAAUGAAAAAAAGUAUUCAAG